GUCUGCAGCGCCAGCAGUACCUCUCGACCGCCUUCGACCCUCGUGCGCCGCCCACGAUGUCGACGCGGCGUCGUGGUCGCCCCCUCAAGUCGCCAACCUCAUCUCUCUCCGCCUUUGCCAGAUGAGCUCGCCCGCUGUGGCCAGGCUUGAGCCUGCGCAGUGCUCCUACACCUACUUUCGACAGCACCACCUCCUGCCCAACACCCCUUGCCUGUUCCCUCGCACCCUCGUCGAGCGCUGGCCGCUCCUCUCGCGUUGGCUCGACAAGCACGGCAACCUCGACUGGAAUCACCUCGAGGACCAGUACGGCGCACUCGAAGUCACCUGUAUCGACCUCGCACCUGUCGCCGACGAGCCCGCCCCGUCGACUUUCGCCUCGCUCCUCCACCUCUGGCGACGCGGCGACGGGCGAGCCAAGUACCUCAAGGACUGGCACCUUCCUCUCGCGGUCUUUCGUGCGGGCGAGCGAGACGUCAAGGGCAAGGGCAAGGAGCGCGUGCGAGACGAGGUGUACGAGGUGCCCGACGUCUGCCUCGACGACUGGCUCAACGAGUACGAGGGCGACGAGGGCGCCGGGCGGCGGGACGACUUUCGCUUCGUGUACGUCGGAGGAGGCGACACGUUCACGCCCUUGCACCGCGACAUCUACUCGUCUUACUCGAUCUCGACCCAGAUCUACGGCUCGAAGCGGUGGUACCUUUUCCCGCCCUCCUGUACGCCCUCCUUGCGCCCCCUCAUCGUCGCAGCAGAGCGCCAGGGCUCGAGCGUCAACUGCGACGCGUGGCCCGACGUCCUCAAGGCCGACUUUCGCGCUCAAGGCAUGCUCGUCGUCGAGCAAGCCGCGGGCGAGACGAUCUUCGUACCCUCGGGCUGGUUCCACUCGGUUCACAACCUGUCGCACCCGACCCUGUCGCUCAACCACAACUGGCUCAACAGCCACAUCCUCCCCGCCGUCUACUCGGCGCUCGCGUACGAGGCGGCGAGGUGCCGAGAGGCAGUAGACGACGUGCGGGACAUGCUCGUCGAGCAGGCGCGGCGCGAGGGCAAGGGCGAGGACGGCUGGCGGCGCGAGUGGGAGGAAACGGUGGACGGCCUCGUCGAGCGCAGCGAGGGGUGGAGCUGGCCGACCUUCUGGCGCAUGACGCUCAACACGCUCAGCAACCUCGACGUGUCGACCUCGACACUGGCAGAGCGUGCUCGUCGCUCUCGUUGGCCGCCCGUCCCGCCAGAAGUGCGUCCGUCGGUCGCCUUCGUCGUCUCGCAGGUUCGGCCGCUCGUCGAUGACUUUUGCGCGAGGGAGGAGCAGGAGUGGCGGUGGCUCGACGGCCUGGACCGGGUGCUCGAAGAGGUCGAGGGCGAGCUCGAGCGGUUGGCAAUGUGACGACCUUGCACCUGUC